AGGGUCUGGAAUCUGCUCACCAUCCAUUCACAGCCCCUCAGCCAGGGCAGGAAGAACUGUUGUAUACUCACCCGGAGAAGGUCCAAGGUCAGCAUUAUGACUUGGUGCUAAAUGGGACUGAGAUUGGAGGAGGGUCUAUAAGAAUUCAUAAUUCCCAAAUGCAAAGAUAUGUUCUAGAAGAAAUUUUGAAGGAGGAUUCCAGCCAGCUUAAUCACUUACUUCAGGCAUUAGACUCAGGAUGCCCACCACAUGGGGGUAUAGCACUAG